AUGCCCGAUACCAUUUCCAACUUCCUAGGCUGCCAGAAUGAUGGAACGAGAUCAGAUGUGAAAAAUAGACUAGUAAAAAGCAGCAUGUUUGCAUAUGGUGAAGACUCUGAUGACAACCCCAAUAAGUGCCUUCUUGUUUCAUAUGUUCCAAAGCGAAACAAAAACGUGCUGUUAUUAUCAACCCUGCAUGAUGAUAGUAAGACCAACGAUGACACUGGAGAUGCUUUCAAGCCCGAAGUUAUUACAGACUAUAAUUUUACGAAAGGAGGCGUAGAUGUGGUCGACAAGAUGAAAUCUGAAUAUUCAACAUCACGAUUCAGCAAUAGAUGGCCAUAUACCGUAUUCUGUGGGUUCCUGAAUAUAUCAACCAUCAACAGCCAAAUAAUCUAUCGAGAGAAUACAAACAAUAUUAUUACCAGAAGACAAUUUAUAUCGGAACUUAGGUUUUCUUCAGCUCUAGAGGAUUCCAGAAUGAAACAUCGGAAGAAGAAACCUUCAGUUCAGAAAUUUUAGAUCAGAAUUUUCAGUGUUUCGUUAGUAUUUUUGUUAUAGUUUAUAACAAUAAUUUUUCACUAAUGUAUAGCUGAAUAGUAUAAGUAAUACUAUACUUGAGAAUAUAA